CACGUCCUCCAAAAUGUGUCCACUGAAUGCGCCAACAACACUUUGCAAUUUCUUACUGAUAUCGCCAACGGCCUGCCCUAUGCGAGCCAGAUGUGGUUAUCCAAUGGAGACUUUCUAAAUCUGGACGUCCUGACUACUUACAACACCCAUAGUAUCGGUAAUGUGGAGCAGUGCCAGGUAGUCAAGGAUUGGAACCCAGACGCCCCGUUUGAGACGCAAUACUGCACCCUCUCUUACUUGGCCUUGGCAACGACUCUUCGCGUUGGUGUGUGUGUGCCCUCGAGCUGUUCAAAUGCCGACCUAAAGGAAGUUUUUGGAGUUAUUCCAGCUCUUGGAAAAAGUGCCGAGUUUAAUUGUAUUUUCGACUAUCCUUGGAAAACAGGAGCAAUUGUGACACUAUGUCUCCUGUGUGGCUUCCUGCUUAUGGUUGUCAUUGGAACAGUGUACCACCUGACUUGUCACAGACAAAUCCAGGCCAGCAUCACUGAAACAAAAGCCAACAUUGAAAAGAUGGAGAAAAAUCUUUCUGAAGAGAAAAUGACGAACUCUGUCAAAGAGACGCAAAUCGAGCUAAAAGCUAGCAUCAACGGAAAUAGCGACUGGACAGGGAUGAUGCACUUAGGUAAAAACGGCCAAACAGCUCAUGACAAUGAUGGGUUCAUCGACGUAGAGGGCGGUCUGGAGAGAACAGAAAAUGUCGACCCUGCAUCAAACGCGCCUACGUACAGUGCCAGCGAUAUAAAGGGUAGUAAGAAAAAAGUUAUCAAAAUGGGUUUUGUGGAUACUUUACUUAUGGGUUUCUCAGCAUUGCACAACGGUGCAAAGGUCCUGAACACUGAAGAGGCGGCUGGAAACCUGAGCGUCCUGAACGGGAUCCGUGUCAUCAGCAUGUGGUGGAUUAUUCUUGGCCACACCUUUGAUAUUAUUCCUCCUUAUUUAGAUGAUCCUCGCUAUGCGACCACGGAGCUGUUCUCAUCGUUUUGGUUCUCCGCUGUCAUGUAUUUCUCAGUGUCUGUCGACACUUUCUUCUUCCUCAGUGGUCUCCUUCUUGUGUACAAUACCUUGAAGCAUCUCAAGAAAUCCAACGGUAGAAUGAACUGGGCUCUCUUCUAUCUCCACCGCUUCAUCCGCAUCACUCCGGCCUACAUGAUCUGCAUCGCUGUCUUUUCCACCUUGAUCGUCCAUUUCAAUGAGGGUCCAGGCCAAAUUGAACUAUUCGAAAGCUCAGCGAGAAUCUGCCGGGAGCGAUGGUGGACAAACCUACUCUACAUCAACAACUUGUAUCCGUUUCCCGGUAGUUUAGGCGAACAGUGUGUGGGUUGGUCCUGGUAUCUGGCGAACGACAUGCAGUUCUUCGUGAUCAGUCCUGUUAUCAUUUAUCUACUGUAUAGGUAUUCCAAGCUUGGAAUUGGAUUGAUUGUUGCAUUGUGUUUGGGUUCCUUUGGCAUCACUGCCUACUUAGCCACUUACUAUGGUGUAUCGCUUGGAGUCAGCCCACCAUACAAUAACAAUACUGUUGUUGUCUAUGGAAAUGCUGCUGCAGAUGUCAUAUACAUGAAGCCAUAUUGUCGCAUCCCUCCUUAUUUGGUGGGCAUGGUAUUUGGGUACAUCUUUUACAGGCUCAACGGUCAGCCCUUCAAGAUGAACAAGUGGGUCAACGUCAUCAUGUGGAUUGCAGCCGUUGGUGCGGGUCUGGCUAUCAUUUACGGACCGUUUCGGAGCGAUGGAGAACCCCUACCACAGUAUGCUGCGGUGAUGUACACUACACUUAGUCGAGCAGGCUUUGCCGUGGCUGUGGGCUGGGUAACGUUUUCCUGCGUCGUGGGCUACGGAGGACCUGUCAACAGCUUCCUGAGUUGGAGUUUCUGGACCCCCUUGAGCCGCAUCAAUUUCUGUGCUUACCUCCUUCAUACAAACCUCAUUUACACCUUCUACUCCUCUGCCAAGUCCCAGUAUCAUUUCACCUACUUGAUGAUGGCUUCAACCGUUAUUUCGAACACCGUCCUGUCCUACGCUGCGGCCUUUAUACUAGCUAUCGGCGUGGAAGGUCCUGUCAUGGGACUGGAGAAAGCUCUACUCGGCCGCAGAGUUGGGGGAAAGAAGAAGUAAGGCACGGAAUUCGCUAAAUGCUCGGUUGGAACGUUGAUGUCAGAUCACAGAGGCAUAACCGAAGUCGGGAAAACACUUAACCAGUGACCAGCUCGCGCAACUCAACACAAAUUCACGGGUUUGGUCAACAAAACACGCCCUAGAGUGGUUGUAAGAAGUGGGUGCAUCAGCUUGCUUCCUUUGUUCAAGAAAACAUUAAGCUGGAAAAAAGAUGAAAAUUAAUCACAGGACUCUGUCCCUGAAUUCUUCUUGAGCCCAGUUUGAUAUGCUGUGUAAAUAUGCCAUUUACUCGCACCUCCUUUCUGAACCCAGGCCAACGUUGUUCUGGCAGCCACCAGCCGAACUAAACCCAAGGGGAGGGGCAUUUCCAAAAUGCUGUGUACGUAAUUAUUAUAACUGAAUGAACUAAUGACUAGGAAAUAUUUGUUCUUUUUUCCUUCACGGUUUCACAAUGUGAGAACAGUUCAAUGGAAGUGAGAGAAAAGACACGUUUUACGUGUUUUGCCGCUCUACCGAUUGAGCUGUUUAGUGAUGUCGGAAGAGAAAUGAAAAAGACAGAAAUACCCCUCUAGCGAUAAGGAGGCACAACAGAAAAAUCUUCUCUGCACGUGUCCCAGAGCAAUGUAUUCUUAUGAUCUUUGACCCGAGAGUGUGUACUAAAUAAGCCAUUUGCGAGUUAAAUUUGAAUAAAUCUGGUGCACUGAGUUAUGAUCUAACUGCACA